AAAAAUUGUCUAUGAUAUAUUUUUUAAUCGUUCCCAAAAUACGAUAUCAUUCAGUCAUGAAAAAUUUGACAGUUGCCAAAAUAAUCUAAACAAAAAUGGAGCUUUUAUUUUUGUAAAUAUAUUUAGGUAUAAGUUUUAAAUGUGAUGUUGGCAUCAUCUUUAUUAGAGGAAAGCAACGGGACGCAGUCGCCGCUAGCACUCCUGGCGGCGACGUGCAGCCGGCUUGGCGCCGCCACCAUGGGUCCCGAGCAGCAACAGGAUAGCAAGGACCAACAACAACAUUUCAGUCCACAACAACAGCAGCAGGCACAGCAACAACAGGCGCAGCAACAACAAGCGCAACAGCAACAAGCGCAACAGCAGCAAGCGCAACAACAAGCACAGCAACAGGCGCAACUAAUACAGCAACAAGUGCAAGGCGACGCUGCCACACUAGCCGCCAUACAGCAACAGUACCUGCAACAGCAACAGCAGCAACAACAGCAACAACCACAGCUGAGGGUGAUUAGUUCUGCUGUAGUUCAGCAGUUAAGGGCACAAGGAUUAUCAGGCAAUGAAUUAUCAGCGGCCAUAGUCAAUGCAGCAAACUCUGUUCCAAAUGGAAUACAAGUGCAACAACCACAGGUGAUAUCAAUGCAACAGCUUCAGUCGUUACUGGGGGGCGGUGUUGUCUCUGGAGAGGGGGCCUCAUACCAGAACACGCCGCAGCAACUGCUACAAAUACAUCCACAGCUUUUACAACAACAAGGCAUGUACGGAGGAUGUUUAGUGGGCGGUGUCGGCGGAGUGGGUGGAGUUGCCCCUAUGCAGGCUGUCACCGUCGACGGACAGGAUGCACUGUUUAUACCCGCGCAACAUGCCCAGAACUUCUCUGGGAUGGGUCAAGUCAGUCUUGUUAACGGACAACUUGUAAGAACGCCAGUCCUUCCUGCGGGCUUCUUGCAAAACGUGAUGCAUUUACCAGCUGAGCAGCAGGCGACCAUCACGAUCCCGGGCACUAACCUAUCCAUUCCCAUUAGCGCUUUCGCCGGGAACCAACCAAUGAUAGUCCCUGGCUCCAAUAUAUCGCUGGCGGGGCUUCAGGCAAACCAAGCGAUUACAAUCCCGACAAGUCAAGCGAUAUCCAUUCCUACGAGUCAGGCGAUAUCCAUCCCGUGUAGUUCGGCGGCCGUCACUCCUGGGGACAAGCAAACCAACGGGAAAGACACGAAGGCACCCGGCAGCCCCAACGGACAAGGCGCAGGCGGCGGUAUCGCGGUUCGUGGCGGGGUGGGCGGUAUGGGCAUGGUCCCCGUGCAGGUCCCAGUGAGCGUGGCCAACGGUCACACGGUGUACCAAACCGUUCAUCUACCCGUACAUGCACCGCAACACUUGCAAAUCAUUCCUCAGUUACAACAGAUGCAAGCACAGCCACAAAUGGCUAGUGUACUUACACCUUCGGGGCAGAUACAACAGAUACAAAUUGCGUCCUUAGCUAAUGUGCAGCAGGGAGGGGGCGCGCAAGGCGGCGGGGCGGCUGGCCAGGCCCCUGCGACUAUUACAUUACAGGUGCCAGCUUUGGGCGUAGGCGGUCUCGGUGGAGCGGUUCAGCUCGUCCCAGCACUGGGUAUACCUGGAGUACAACUUGCUCAGCUCCAGCAAUCACAGGCUCAAUCUGCUCAGCCACUAAUAGCAGAUCCAGCAGGAUCCGAACGAGCCGGGCAAGUGGCAGGUGGUGAGCGUGGGGGGCGCGGGGACGGCGGGCGGGGGCGGCGCGGGCAGCGCGGCCAGCACGCCGGCGCCGCCCGAGUGCGAGGCCGCCAAGCUGCGCCCCGCCAGCCCCUCCCAAAGCAAGCGACUCAUGAAGCGCGUCGCCUGCACCUGCCCCAACUGCGACCAGGGAGAGAAUCGCCUGGUGGACCGCAAGAAGCAACAUGUAUGCCACAUAGCGGGCUGCAACAAGGUGUACGGGAAAACCUCACACCUCCGCGCGCAUCUACGCUGGCACUCCGGGGAGAGACCCUUCCUAUGCAACUGGCUAUUCUGCGGGAAAAGGUUUACGAGGUCGGAUGAGCUACAGCGGCACCGGCGAACGCAUACUGGGGAGAAGCGGUUCGAGUGCCCCGAGUGCCGCAAACGUUUCAUGCGGUCUGACCAUCUCGCUAAACACGUGCGCAUACACACCAAGAACAGAAUUACUGAAGUGGCAACAUCAACCCAAUCAAUGUACUCAGAUUCGGGUGACGACAGUUGCGAUGAGAAAAUGAUGUUAACUAUAGAGACGGUCCACAAUGAUGGAGAUGGGGAGGACAAAAUGGUGCUUCGCCCCAGUCCGAAGAUGGAGCCCGACCAUAUAGACAGCUAGGAUACGAGCAGCGACGAAUAGACCCGUCGCUGUAACAUCUACGUCAUCACUCUCGUUCAAUAAACGAUAAACGUGAUAAACUUUACGGAAAUUUAAACCUUAUUUGGUCAAUCCGUGACGUGGUUUUUGUGUGUGUGAAAUUGUAGUCUGUGGUAGUUGCGUCCCACUGGGAUUGUGUCUUAAAGGUAAGAGUCGUGCGUUUCAUUCCAAGAGUUCAAUUUUAAGUCCUAUUGCUGGGCAUGUGGACUUAAUUCGUUUCAAAAGUUUUUUGGGAAAAUCUGUUCGCGAGUGAUUCUGUUUUAUAGCUUUGCUGAGUCUUAGACUUGUCUGUCAUGUUAGCAAGUGAAUUUCAAAUUGUUAGAUCUAUUUCCAAAAAUAAAUGUUUCUCAAAAGUUGAUGUUUGUAAAGAAUUGAAUCUUUGAAUGAUAUUCCAUUUUGUGUAGGUUUUGUUUCAAUAUUCCGGGUGGAAAUGAGAUUAUGUAUCAUAUUAUAUUAAAAAUAAUGUAACUAUUUACCUAUUGUAACUAUUGUUAUAUUAUUGGGGAUAUUUAUUGAACCUUAUUGUCUUAACCGCCUAAACGAAAAUAUUAUGAAAGCUUCCGGUGUGUUAGAAAAAGUUUUCAAACUAU